GAUGGCGCUGCCCAGUGACUUCAUCGGAACGAUCGCAGAUGACGACGAAAUAUCCGUUGCCUCAGAAGACUCAAGUAGCGAUGAGGAGGCCAUCAAACCCAAGAAGUUAUCGAAAGUGAAGCGUCAGAGGAAAGGCCAAGAGGAUUUCUCACAGGAUUUCUUCUUCUCCGAGCGGGCAUUAAUUGAAGAAAGUAUAUGGAGUCCCAAUAUUAUGAAGACGUUGAAGCCACGAGGCCACACCUUGAUCGGUAAAACUACGUCCCUGGAGCAAAAGAUCGCUAAGAUUAGAGAUGACCGAAGAAAAGAGAAAGAAUCUGAGACAGUUUCGGCGGAGGCAACAGAUGAGAAGGAGGGAGCAGAAAACACAACACCGGUGGUCGAUAACCUGGACAACGCUGUUGAUGAUGAUGACGAUGACGAUAUUGAGAAUGGGUUAGAGGAUUUACAAUGGGAUUCGAUCAGAGUCAAAGCAACCAGUGAGAAAAGACUGAAAAGAAAACAGAAACAAGCGGGAGAUGAUUCUGAUUCUGAUGAUUCUGAGACGCAGAAGGCCAAGUUCUUUGCUGAUGUUCCUGAGCUAACUGGAUACAGCAGUUUCCAAGAGAUGAAUCUGUCCAGGCCACUACUCAAGGCAAUUAGUGCAAUGAACUUUGUGAUGCCGACCCCGAUUCAAGGCAAAACUAUCCCCAUGGCUCUACUUGGAAAAGACAUCUGUGCUUGCUCUGCUACUGGAACUGGUAAAACGGCAGCCUUCAUGUUACCUGUUCUGGAGCGACUUCUGUACAAACCUAAACAACUCACAGUUACACGCGUUUUGGUUCUGGUGCCCACGAGGGAGCUGGGUGUACAAGUACAUACUGUGACAAGAGAACUGGCGCAGUUUAGCAAUGUAGAUUGCUGUCUCGCUGUCGGUGGUUUGGAUGUGAAACUCCAGGAAUCUGCUUUGAGGAAAGGCCCUGAUAUAGUCAUAGCAACACCAGGUCGUCUGAUUGAUCAUUUACAUAAUGCUCCGACCUUUGACCUGAAGGAUGUAGAGAUCCUCAUCCUUGAUGAAGCUGACAGGAUGUUGGAUGAGUAUUUUGCUGAGCAGAUGAAGGAGAUUAUCAGAAUGUGUUCACGCAGUCGCCAAACCAUGUUAUUCUCAGCUACCAUGACAGAUGAGGUUAAAGAUCUUGCAGCUGUGUCCCUGAAUAACCCAGUUAAGCUCUUCGUUAACGAGAAUACCGAUGUAGCAUUCAACCUCCGCCAGGAGUUCAUCCGUAUCAGACCGAACAGAGAUAGUGAUAGAGAAGCUAUUGCUGCCGCAUUGUGUUGUCGGACAUUCCACGAUCACUGCAUCAUGUUUGUACAGACUAAGAUUCAAGCCCAUCGUCUUCAUAUCAUCCUGGGUCUAUUUGGACUCAAUGUAGGGGAGCUUCAUGGCAAUCUCUCUCAGGCACAGCGUUUGGAAGCUCUUCGACGAUUCAAGGAAGAGAACGUUGAUGUUCUGGUCGCUACGGAUCUUGCUGCCAGAGGUCUUGAUAUUGAAGGAGUUAAAACGAUUAUUAACUUCACUCUGCCUAAUACUCUGAAACACUACGUACACAGAGUAGGACGAACUGCUAGAGCAGGCAAAAGCGGACGAGCUGUGAGUCUUGUAGGAGAGCGUGAGCGAAAACUCUUGAAGGACAUUGUGAAGAAGGCUAAUAACCCGGUGAAAAGUCGUAUAGUUCCCCAAGAUGUUAUACAGAAGUACCGAGACAAGAUCAUCAGCAUGGAGGACGACAUCGAGGAAGUCAUGCGUCUUGAAGAGGAGGAGAAAGAGAUGAGAAUAACGGAGCUUCAGAUGCACAAAGCAAACGCCAUGUUGGAACAUCAGAGGGAGAUCUUCAGCCGACCAAAACGGACAUGGUUCCAGACGCACAAGGAACGCAAUAUUGAACGGGAGCACUUGACACUUAAUCCAGAGAAAAUUAAGAAAUCCAAGAAAAAGGCAAAGAAACAGGAGGACGAUGAAGAUCCAGUUGAUCGUCGAAUGCAGCGUGAGGUUGAGAAAUCUCAGUUGUUUGCAGCGAGGGAAGCCAAGAGGUCUAGAAAGACUAACCUGAUGAAAGGGAUCAACACACGAGAGAAAAUCACAGGAGACACGAGAGCCUCCAGUAAAAAAGGGAAGAAGCAGGGUAGACAGAAGUCAUCAUUUGAGAGAGAGUUGACAAGCACAAACAAAAGAUCCGUCAAACAGUUCCGCAGCAAAACUCAUGAAGCGAGGAAAGAGCAGCAACAAGCCCAGAAGAUGUCAUCCAAAACUGGAAAACAAAAUAAGCCCAAGAAUAAAUUCAGCAAGAGAAGGAAAUAAAAAAAGAGUUCCUUCAUGUACUUUCAAACAGCCGUCUUCAACAUUCUAUUGUUUGCAUUGGUUUCUUGUUUUACCAGAUUCCUUUCAUCCUCUUUGAUAUAAAUCCCUUUUGUUAUCUUUGGUGGGUAUUGAACCUUAGACCACUGUUUUUCCUCUUGAUGCAACAAGUUUAAUAGACGCUGUACUUGGCCCAAUUUCAUAGAGCUGCUUUAGCAAAAAAUACUGCUGGACAAUUUUCUGCUGAGCAGAAAUGAGCAGGACACCAGUCAUAAAGUGUACAUGUGAUGUGGUAGUUUGGCUGGUAACCUUAUUCUGGUGAGCGACAUUUUAUUGUGAUUAGUAGCUACUUUGUGCUCAAGCAGCUCUACAAAAUUGGGUCUUUGUGGUCUGCCCUCGUUCACAGUAAUUUACUCCUGUAUGAAGAGAAUUAAUCAUAAUGUCUUGCUAGAAGACACGAGUGUCCCGACCAGGGCCAAAUUACAUAAAGCCUGUAUGCACAAAAACUUGCUUAGCACAGAAUAGUAUUGCUUAGCAAAAAUAGGUUACCAGCCAAAAUUACAUUCAGUUU